AUGCAGUGGAUAAUAAAAGCAAAAAUACAUGCUAAAGUUAACGAUUGUAAAACAGCUCUUCAUUCUGCAACAGAUGAGUAUGGAGACUACUCUGAGCCUGUAAGGUUUCUGAUUUCAAGAGGAGCUGAUACUAAUGCAAAGGAUAAUGAAUAUAAAACGCCACUUCACAAUGCUUUUAUUCAUCGAUGCAAAAAUAUAACUGAAUUACUUCUCUCAAACGAUGCAAGAGAUAAAUAUGGUAGAACAGCUCUUCAUUGGGCAGCAAAAUCAAGUAAUAUAGAAAUUGUAAAAUUACUUAUAUCACAUGUUGCUAAAAUAAAUGCUGUAGAUAACAAAUAUAAAACUCCACUACAGUGUGUAAAAAAUCAAAAAUUCCGGCAAGCAAUGGAACUUCUUAUUUCUCUGGGAGUGGAAAUUAAACAAGUAAAUAAAAGACAAAAAGAUUAUAUUUGGAUGAGCAUUUUGAUUUGCAAGGUCCAAAUUUAA